UGAGCAAAAGUGAAAUUACUUGCGGUGCAAAAGAAAUUUAAUAAUUUCUUUUGAUCAUGGAGACAUUUGUUUUAAAUGUUAAGUGUGAUUCUAAUUGCAGUAAUUUUGUAUGAUCUUCUUAGUAGGUUCAAAAAUAAUAUUCUAAAUUAAAAAUUGAUAUCUCGAAGUAUUUUUUAUGUUAUUGGCUUAAUUUAAGAAGGUAUUUUUCUAGGCUGUAAAACUUUUAAAAUAUAUAAGUUGGCUGGGAAAUUUAUCUUGGAACAUUUGAGGGUUAAAGCACUUUUUACCCGAGGGAUCCAUGUCGAAUUCGCGGCAUAUGCGGGGUAAUGGUAAAAGGUUGUCGCAAAGUGCCCGAGGAUGGCUGAAAAUAUGUACCUAAUUCAAUACGAUUCGAUCUGGUAAUCAAAAGAUAAGCGCGCUGAUGGGCGAAAGACGGGAUUCGGAUUCGGAUUGGGAUUCGGAGGCCAUUGGGGGUUGAAGAAGUCGGAUGAGCAGAAUGUCGAAGGAAUAACAAUCAAAUGAUUAGAACAACAACCACCGCGCUGGGAAACUGGAAUUCAAAAUUGACUCGUCGAUGUCGUCAGCCUCGCCUUCAGUGCCUCCACUUCAGCCUCGGAUUCAGAGCCAGAUUCAGAUUCAGGUUCAGCCGCAGUAGAGCCAAAGUCGAGUUUUCGGGUUGAGCGACGCUCCCCGGACUUGUUUCGCACAUAAAGAUACAAAUGUAUCUGCGCCAGACAGCAAAUGGCGUAUAUAAAAUGAUUGGACAUGAGUCGGUGCGCUGUGUAUGUGCCUCGGUGUGUGUAUAUGUGUGUGUAUAUAUCGGGGCUCCAGUGUAUCGGGUGGUUGUUUCGGCCAAGCUGCAUGGCCGCAGUGCGAGCGAGACGGGGCUACUCCGCACGAAAGAGAGGUGAGAUACACGCGCGUUUUAUGGCCCGCCGCCGCGUUGCCUUUUGCCUCCUCUCCUCUUGGCUUUUCAUCUUUUGGCAUUGGGUCUUCGCUGGGCGAGUUCUCAUUCUGUUCCUCAUUCUCGCUUCUCAUUUCCUUGGCGUUCUCGCAAGUGUUGCCAUCGGUGGCAGCGCUGCCCGGGUUUACGACCUUCUGGUUGGCGUUCUUUUCCCACUUUUUCCCUCCAUUUCGAAGGGGUCUUCUCUCUGUAGUUUCUCCGUCUCCGUUUCUGUUUCUGUUUCGGUUUCUGUUUUCUGGUUUUUGGCUUUGGUUCUGCUUGGUUGCUGGGUUUUUUGUGUGCCAUGCUCACCUCGCAUCCUCACAGAACUCACAUCCUCGACAGCAUCUCGACAACCACCUCUGCUCGGCAAUAUAUCUGUAUCUAUGUAUCUGCGUAUCUGUAUCUGCGCCGGUUCGUCGACUGCGCUGCAACCGAAGCAAAGCGAACUGAACGGAGCGGAGCUCAACUGAACUGAACUGAACGGAACGGAACGUAACGAACCCAACCGCCGCCUUGUGUCAAAGUGAACAGCAAAUAUUAUUUUUUGGACACUUUGCCAUCAGGUCGCCGUCGCCGUCGCGUCGCCCGGAGCUGAAUGACUCGUAGUCGUCGACGUCGUCGUCGUCGUCCUGCUCCCCGUUCGUCGGCCAUUGUCCUGCGGAGCUCCUGCAGUUCCUGUCGUCGCAUUCGAGGUCCGACUGUGGCUCCCGGAGCCACGGCCUUUUGUCUGCGGCGGUGCAUCAAUUGUGUUUAAUUGAAUCCGUCGAACAAAGCCUGCCUAAAAAAAACAAGGGGGAUCCAAAAGAAUACCAAAGUAUACCCAAAAAAAUAUAUCCAAAAAAAUGGAAGAGAAACCAAAAGAAGUGGCUGUAAAUCAAGAAGAGCCGGUUCGGGUUCGUUUGUUGCCAAAAAAUACAAGAAUUAAUUAUAAUAAUGACAAAGAAACAGGCACUUUGACCCCACGACUCCGCGUUCGCAUCCGCAUUCGCAUUCGCAUCCGCAUCCGCGCGCGUUCGGUUGGCCAAUUGUGAAUGUGGAUUACAAAUUCGCGUGUGCGAGCCGAGGAAAAAAUAUGGAAUAUGGAAAAACAAAAAAGAACAAAAAACAAAGAGAAAACAAAAUGAAUUUGCCAGCAUUUCCGCCUUGCGGUUUGGCAAACUGGAAGGGACAGUGGUGCCGCUUUUCAGACUUUCAGAGCGGGCUCCUCGAGUGCGCGGGGCGUGACUUCAAUUAAAGUGAUUUGUGGCCUCCGUUUCUGACAUACGAGACGUAAAUAGCGGCCCUGAAUUAUGGAGCUGCUAAAGUAUGCAUAUUGGAACAUAGUCCUCGCUCCACCUCAGCCAAACACACUCGCCAGUCACGCGUUUCCACCAGAAAGCGCCUCCAAGUUGGUUAACUGAAGGGUUCCGUACUUGAGCUCCAGCAAUCCCCCAACAAAAUGCCGUCGGCUGAAUCGAAAAUGUCGGCCAUACAAAUUCCCGGCGAAGAAAAAGUGGAUUUAAUGGAGCGCCAUGAUGGCCAGCAGAAAAGGAAGAGGAAAAGAGAAGAGAGUCGAAUGCGGAAUGCCGUUGGAAUGUGUGAGAUUGGGCUGCGUCGACUGCGUCGCCGGCAGCGCUGCCUCCGGGUUUCAAUGGUUGCCUAGCGACAGCGACUGCGGCAGCCAUCAUGGAUGUGAAAAAGAGAGCGCGCCGUCCGGUCUCUCGCACUCUCCCUCUCUCGCUCGUGCCAACGGCAGUUCGAUAUUCCGAUUCCAAAGCGGCCAUGCUGCUCGCCACUCACCUGCGAAUGCGGCUGUUGUGAAGUUCUUCCGACGUGAGCGACCGAAUUUCGGAGCGCCCGAAAAAACAAAGGCCCAAAAACAGGAUUGCCCACGAGAGGGGGCUGAAGAAUUUCGAGGGAGUUUCUGCGACUGCGCCGAUACCCAAAAAAAAGCAGAAACAAAGGUCGAAAACCGGAGGACGUUGCCCAGGUUUGAUUACAAAUGGAGGGAGUACUUAAUCCGUCGGCAGCUGCUUCAGUUCUUCGAGGGACUCGCAGAUGGAUACUCUGGGCACUCCGUUUUUAUUGAUUUUCAUUAAGAUUUGACGGCCUCGUAAAGAGACGAACCUAUGUCUCCUUGGAAUUAUCAACGUAAUCAUGAUUAUAUUUUGCAGUGGCAUGGUUUCAGAUCAAGUCUUUGCAAUGCAGACUUUUAUUUUCCAAUCUAAUUGGCAGUUUUAGGAGGAAAUGAGAAGCUUUUACCAUAGGAAUCUAGGUAGAAUUAGAACAAGUUCUAAUAAUUUAUUUGGUUUACUUUAUUUACUAAACUCUUCCCCCGUUUAUGAGCAUUUUAAUUUCCCUCUGCUCUUAUUAUAGUUAUUAUAGUUAUACGAUCGUUUUAUGGCUGCAGUAUAUUUAUUCACACCUUGCCUAAUGAAUUGGAUUGCAAAAUGAAGGCGUUAUAAAUACAAAUGUAUAUUUUUUAUGUCCACUUGUUUGGAAAGCUAAUGGAGCCUCAAUCAUUCUAAGGACAGGUGUAUGGGACAGCUGGUAUUUUGUGAGACAUUCCGCCAAUAUCUUACUCACUUUGCCCGGAUCGCAUGGUUAGCGCUGUCGACUCAUGGGUCGUAAAUCAAUUUUCGACAGGUUUAGACUCGCCCAUAAAUUCCACUAGCGAUAUUUAUAGAUAAUGCGGUUCCAGCGCCAAUGAAGAACCCAACCCGAUUCCGAUUCCGAUUCCGAUUGCCAUUGGCAGUCCACGGUUGCUGCUCCAACUCGAAUCAAGAUUUUAUGGUCGCAAUCGUAAAUCGCCAAUUUUAUAGUUAAUCGAUGGCCAUUUAGGCCCAUAAGCCUCUCGUUGCAUAUUAAUUUUGGGCAAUAUAUACAGUAGGCGGGUCUCAGACGACAUGAAAUUGAUUUAUUUGCUUUUAAAGACGUGUUUGGCCCACAGCUCCCCAGUUCCCGAGAUCGUAAAAUUAAUAAGGGAUUAACAUGCCAUGAUUGUGCCCGAAAAAGUCAUGAGCCGGGAAAUUGCGCCAGAGGUUAAAGUUAAAGCCAUCUCAUUUUGCCGGCGGAACCGGCUCGAGAUACAGAUACAAAUAUACAGAGAUACAAAGAUGAACGGAGCAGACGCACUGAAAGAUACCGAAAACGAAACGAAACGAAAACCCACCCCGAAAAUCGAGAGCAAUGACAGCAUGUCCAAAAUCAAAUAUGGCCGAAUUAAAUGUUCUCGCUCUCCGCUUUGUGCGCUCCUUCGCAGCGGCCAUUGUUGCUAUGGCAACGGGUCGUCGGGGGACCCAAACGACAGGGAGGGAGAAAGAGAGAGGGAGAGUCGAGGAGAACGAGAGCUGGGCAUGCUCAUAAAUUCAUUUGAUUGUUGUUGCCGAACAAGUUUCUUUUUGGGUUUCGUUAUCUCCUUCGUUGCGGUUGUCCCCCCUGUUUCUUCAUCCUUCUCGUUUUCCUUUUUCGCUCCCCUUCCUAUCAGCAUUCGGGGGUAUCUCUGACUUACUUUGUAUGCUCGACUUGAGCACUGGUUGCCAGCUGAGGUCCAAGAUUUGGACACCGGCAACUAAGAAACACUUUAGAGGAAAACCUUAAUGCGAAGUAAAUAUUCCCUAGGAAUUAUUGAAAUAGAAUUUAUGUAGUUAUUUGGAAAAUGAAAAAUAAAUUAUGAGUCAACUCAAAAUUUAAAAUAUAUUUUUUUAUUUUAACUCUUGAAAAAAUUGAGCUAUGAAAUUUGUGAAACCAUUAUUUAUAGACAUAUUCUAUAGGCUGGGUGAACUGUUUCAAAAGGCGUUCGAAAUAAAACUACCCUUUGCAAGGGUAAACAAAAAAUGAAUGGGCGAAGCAAAGACAGAAAUAAAUAUUGAAAAUCUACUUAUGUUCGCCAGAAUUGAAUUGAGUCAUAGACCAUAUGCUCUUCCUUGUUUAUUUUAAGCGAUCAAUACCAGAAAUUAUUUUCAACAAAUAAU